CUUAGUGGUUCCUAUAGCCGCAUGUUUGUUAUGUUUCGUGGUGCAGGUUGCACGAGUUUGUGUUGCUGUUUGCAGAGCCUGGGCUGUCUAGAGACCGCAUUUUUCACGGUGUGUUGUUCAGGGGACAGGCAGCUAGCGGAAUGAGGAGCUGUUUGCUGUAUGUGACAAAAAACGCGUGGUCCUAAUAGGCUACAUUUGCAUUAAAUGUAGACUAGCCUAUUAACUUUUGCAGUAGGCGUAAACUAUACAAGCAAACCCACACUGAACAUAAACAAUCCGUUUCCUGUACAAGCUUUUUUUUGGGGUCCAGCUUCUCGGAAAAUCCAGGCAGUUAGUGUGAACUGUUGAUAACAAUUUGAGAAUUUCCUGUUUGGGUUAAAACGAAAGCAUUCCUCUCUCCGACGGUGGCUGCGCAAUAACGACCCAGCAAAUAGCCUCAUGCUGUGAAUUUUGAUCAUAAUGUAGGCUAUGAAUUGGUCACGGUCAGUCUAAAUAAAGAAUACAUCGGAGUCGAGGAACUGGGAAUGAUAAUUAUAAAAUGCUUGCGAAGGGUGAGAGGAAAUGAAAAAGAAGAUAGCACUCAUUUGUAAGAGAACGUGAAAGACGCAGCAAGCGUUUGGCACUGUGCGCGUGCAUAAGCUUUCAGAUCGGUCGCAAGGAUAGCCUACAGCAGAGAAAAGAAAGAACGAAGGGGUGACAUAUUAAACCGGCCGAUGAGACAAGAUGGCCGGCCACUUCACCGGCAGAUGCGCUGAGCCUGCCUUGCCUGCGCGACGUAUUUUGCUCAUAGGUGGGCUGCAGACUGGGAAAAGCUCUGCAGGCAACACCAUCCUGGGGAAGCAGGUGUUCCCAACAGAGAAAGUGACAUCAGAGAGUGGCGCAUUCCGAGUGGAAGUGUUUGGGCAGAUGGUCACUGUGGUGGACACGCCUGGGUUAGGCUGGAGUGAGGAUGGAGUAAUGGAUGGUGGUCAGCCGCUGGAGUCCGCUGACACCUGGAACCUGAGCUCGGGUGUACUGCUCUGCUCUCCGGGGCCUCAUGUCAUUCUGUUGGUGCUCUCCGUUUCCCAACCCCUCACUGAGAACCACAGGAAAACACUGGAAACUCACCUUGAGGGAAUGGGAAGAGGUGUCUGGAGGUACACCAUUGUGUUAUUCACAGGUAUUGAUAGACUUGGUGCAGAUGAAUGCUUGGAAAGCCACAUCAUCGAGGGAGGAAAGCCUCUCCAGCGCCUUGUGGAGAGGUGUGGUAACAGGUACCACAGCUUGGACAACACUCAGCUAAAUGAGAGGACUCAGGUUCAGGAACUAUUACUGAAGAUGGAAGAGGUGGUUGAGCAGAACCAAGGAUGGUUCCUAGAGGUGGAUGGUUCCUGGGACCUCCUGCGCGACUACAGAGCCAAGAACAACCUGAUGUGGAAUGUGGUGGUACAGGCAGAAAGGAGAGCGACGGAGUCAUGGAACCUCCAGGAGGGGAUGGAUGUAUCACCCCCGAGAGAGCUCAGGAUUAUCCUGCUGGGUUGGAAGGGUGCGGGGAAGAGCAUGGCAGGGAACACCAUCCUGGGUUUCCAGGGCUUCGAGGUGGGCAAGCAGACAGAGGUCAGCCUCAGGAGACAAUCUCAGGUGUCAGGGCGUCGGGUCACCUUGGUGGACACCCCGGGGUGGGGCUGGUGGUCCGUGAAGCAAACACCCAAACAGGCGAAGCGUGAGGCACAGAGGGCCGGCGAGCUCCUCCGCCCGGGGCCACAUGCCCUGCUCCUGGUCAUUCCCAUUGUGUCCACCCUCACAUCCCGGAAGAGAUUCGUUCUGGAGGACCACAUGGAGAAGAUCUUUGGCCAGGAGUGGCCCCAGUACACUCUGGUGCUGUUUACCUGCGGGGACUGGCUCCGAGGCCUUGGCUACUCCAUCGAGGAGCACAUCCAGAGAGGUGGGAAGGAGUUGGUCAGGCUGCUGGAGACCUGUGGGAAUUACUACCACGUCCUGGACAACAAGAGCCCUGAAGGCCACAGACAAAUCCCUGAACUGCUCAACAAAGUAGAAGAGAUCAUUGCACAUAAUACAACAGAGCCUUACCUAUACAUAGACAGGGAUCAUAAUGAAGAUUCCGUGGGAAUGACAGAGUCUCCAGGAUGUGCAACAUGUAAUCUCCAGUGAAGAACAGGAUGCACACAAUGUUAAGCUUGGACUUUUCAACCAAACUGUUGUGCAUGGCAGUUUGUUUAAAUGCAGUUUUGACAGAAGUCAUAUAAUCAUUCAGGUUUAUUUGUACACCUUUGGAAAAACAUGUUCCUCUGAUUUCUUCUUUCUGAUGUAUAUGAUUGUGUUUCUGUCCAAAUCUAGUUUAGGUUUCCAAUGUACUAUCAUUGCCAUUCCUUCACUUGUAAUGCAGCACACCUUACUCUUGCACUCGGUGAUUACCCUUAUACGUUUACAGAAAUAACUCUGAAGAACCACAUGUUUCUCCCCUGUUCACCCUCACUUUUCCCUUGUCUUCCACAAACCCCCUACUGUAUUCAUUUAUUUAACUGGCUUCUCUUGCAUUUUACAUAUUAUUGAUAGUAGCUCUUUUAUGCCUCCCUUGCACUUUUGAAAGAUAUGAAUUGGAACUUAUUAUGCCUUGCCUGAUUGAGAUAAUUGCACACGCUAUUUAGCUGCAUUUAAAGCUGUUUAUAAGUUACUGUUGAAAAUUGUUUUGACAAAGUCCUCAACAAUGGAUAUUUUAUGCAAGCCUAUAUAUGGUAGCUAUAACACUUAUUAUUAUUAUUACUUAUUCACACCGAUUUUCUUCAUGUUCAAGAACUCAUUAACUCAUUUCUGUCAGGUUCACACAUGACUAUACAUUUAGUAAUUGUGUCCACUGGUACAGUUAAAAGUGCCAGGGGGCUCUGCACAGAUGUGGACAUAGUCAAGAUUUAAACAUUUAUUCAUAUGCUGCUGAUAUUGUCAGUUUGGUCAGUAUUGUAACUGUGUAAGGGGAUCACACUUCCCUAGACCAAAAUGGUUACAAAAGGAUUCCUCCUAUCCAUCCAGGAUAGGUAACAAUCCUUGGCUAUUCCCAGGCCCAGAAACCGUAUGGAUUUGGGAUUAUGUCCCUGAUUAUCCGUGCUCUAUUCUGGAGUAGGCUAGCCAUGCAUGGUAGAUGCAAAAUUUGCACAUUCGGAUUACUGUUUACUUUGUCCUGCAUAAUUGGGACGUGGAGUCCUUCCCGUCAAUCAAAACUAGCAAAUGAAAUGGUAUGCCACUCUCACAAUCUUUUAUCUGGUUUGUGAUUACUGUCAUGAUAAAUGUAUUGUUAACAAACUAUCUAUAAACUAUGCCUUUAAAGUAAAACAGCAGGUGAUGGUACAUGCUUUGUCAUAGAAAAAAAAAACAUUUGUAAAGCUGUUUAAGUGUCUUGUGAAACAGGACUUAGGCUACAUAGCCCACAUCUGUUGUAGAAAAUAUGUGUCAAUAUAAAUAUGCAUCUGUUAAUGA